CUCUUAUCAUACUGUAAUAAACAAACACAUGUCGAGCAGUGGAGCAUCGACGGCCGGCAACGGGGCGGGUGCGAGCGACAUGGCGGCAGAGCGGCUCGCCGUGGCACAGUACGCGACAGUCAAUGCCGACGCACUUGGCACUGUGCAGCUGUCGUCGCUGGACACCAACGUGCUGACUGCGACGGCGGGCGCCCCGCGUGAGCACCUGGUCGACCUCGCGCGAGCAAUCCAGGACGCGGACGUGACCCUGCGCGCCACGACGGGUGCUAAGAUGCAGGUCAUUGUCGACCAAAUCCGACUGCUUCAGAUGCAGGCGCGAGUGUUUAUGGAGGAGGCGCGACGCGACGCCGAUCUGCACCGCGCUGCGUGUAACUUUACCAAGCGUGCGGGAACCACGUACCAUCUGUACCGCCGCGACGGGCCCCAGGACGAUGGCGUGCCAUACUUGUCACUGUUGUCGCCUGAGGAGUGGGGUGCGCGGGGCACGCCACACACAUUUGUCGGAUCCUACCGCCUCGAGGCCGACCAGACCUGGACGCCCGUCGAGCGCAUCCGCCAUCGCGAGGACAACUCUGCGUUUGUGCAGCGAUUGCUGGGACCCAACAUUAUCAAGUACACGGACGCGCCGCUCUUUACGCAGCAGUUGAACAUGAUUGACAACUCGUACAGCAGCGUCGCGCCGCAACAGCUCCUCGGCCCAAGCAGUAACAGCAGCGGCACCAGCGAGUCGCUUGGAUCUGCGGGUGGACAACAGCCACAGGCGGUGCAGAGCUACCAAUCCUCACAGUCCAUGAUGAUGAUGAUGACACCUCAGCAGCAGCAACAAAAUCCAAUGGCGCAACAGAUUCUAAAUCAGUCGACCCUGGUUACUCCCGUGCCAAAGCGCCAACUCGGCAACGCCGUUCCACUUCCCGCGUCUGUCCGCCAACCAGAGGGAUUUGAGCAAGCGCAAUGACGGAUGGUUGAGAUUGUUGGAUGAUCUUCAAUGUGCUUUUUGUUCAUUCUUGUUAAAAUGGAGAAAAAACAAUGAAAACCAAACCCCAAAAUACAAACACAGUCUGUAGAAUGGUCAUUCUAUGGCAGCAGAUAAUAAACAGGGAAUAAACGCA